CAGUUUUACCACUAGAAGUAGCUAGCCGUCUCUCAAUAAAUGUAUUCAGUUGUAGUUAGAGAACGACUGCUUAAACAACCUACUCGUGUGUAUAAAAAAGAUCCAAGCUAAAUCAAAACAAAUAACAGAAACAGCGAGAGUAUAAAUACAAUAUGGCAUCACGAGACGAACAAUCGGAUUUAUUUUUGAAUAGUGACGCAGUUGGUGAUGAUUUCUUCUACGACAUUAUCGAAAAGAAAUUGGACAUCAAUCGGGAUAAAUUUACGAUUCGGUUAGUUUUGCUGUCGCCAGCAACUGGUAAAAAUGAAAAUUUCGUUUCGGUUGUGUAUCGGGCCAAAAUUAAAAUUGAAAUGCUCGAAACGAAAUUACGGCGUUCGGUAGAUGUGAUCGUAAAAGUUCUCUUGUCGACAAUGGAAGAACUGAAAGCAUUCAGCGUCUUCCCGCGCGAAAGAUUCAUGUACGAAGACGUUCUUAGCAGUUACGAACGUAUUUGGCUGGAUCGGGCUGGUGAAAAAAUUCGAUUCGGACCGAGAAGCAUCAAAUUCGAAACGGAUCCGUACGAAAUCAUUGUUCUUGAUGAUUUGAAAGCGGAAAAAUAUGAAAUGUUGAAAAGACAGGCUGGACUCAAUUUGGUGCAAGCGAAAUUAUUACUUGAGAAACUUGCUAAAUUUCAUGCAGCCAGUGCAAUUCGUUACCAAACGGAUGGCAUACUGCAAAACUAUUUCGAUCGUAAGUCAACAAUGCCCGAAUUUCCAGAAGACAGUCCAUUCAUACAAGGUUUCAAACGGAUGCACCAAGGUUUUGCCGAUUCGGUAAAAAAUUACGGCGAUUGCGACGAAGCAGCUGCUAAAAUAGCUAGCUGGGAUUUCAAAAAGUUGCACAACGUGUGGGUGGACGCGGCCGUACCGAUGGGCUGCGGAUUUCAAGUGAUGAAUCACGGUGACAUUUGGCUGAAUAACAUGAUGUUUAGGUCUGACGAGGACGGUAAUUCAGUGGAUGUUAAAUUGAUCGAUUUUCAAAUAGCGUUCUGGGCAAGUCCCGUUCUGGAUCUGUUAUAUUUUCUGGUGUCUUCGGUUGCUGACGACAUAAAAAUCGACCAUUUCGACGAUUUAAUCGAAUUUUAUCAUGAACAGUUGACGUCGGCUUUAAAACGGGUGAAAUUCGAUCAACAUAUUCCGACAUUGUCAGAAAUUAACGUCGAUUUACUUGAGAAAGGAGGAUUUGCUUGUGUAUGCCUAAUGUUCAUACUUUUCGUCGUGAAAAAUGAUUCGUCCGAAGAAAUUGAUAUGGAAACAAUGAUGAGCGGAGACGCGGACACUUUGCACCGGUUUUACAAUGGAGACGGCUAUAAAAAAGCGGCCAAAUUGUGGUUGCAUUUUUUAAACAAAAGAGGAUUCUUGGAUACUUUGAUUGUCGAAGAGAAACAAGAAGGACUUUGAUACAAAGAAAAUAGCAGUCGUACGUCUAUGCGCGUUUGAAUGGGAUAAAUGUCAAGCCACGACGGAAACGGGUUUUUCUUCUCUUUGUUAAAAGACGACUCACUUUAUACACAAAAGUUUGUGAGUAGGAUUUUUUUCAUUAAAGAUAAAAUUUGAUAGGA